CAUCAGUUUCAUUUUGAGCGUUCAACGGUCGCGACGUCGUGAGCGGUCAAGUCGCUUGAAACGGCUAAGGGAAAACUACUGCCCAACUUCAAUUGUUUACCAAGUGCAUUUAAAUUACCAACUACUAGAGCUAUGCGCCUGCUGAUAUUGCUACUGCUGCCACUGGUGGCCAUCGCCCAAGAUGACUACUGCUUCAGCAAGGACACCUCCCGCCUCCAGACCCGCCAGUUCUCCUCGAAGACCGCCUAUCAGAUCGUCAAGGGCACGGACAUUGACAAGCAGUACCUGGUGCCCGGCUGUCAGCCCCAGAAGAUGUGGAUCUUUCACAGGCACGGCACACGACUGCCCAAGAAGAGCAUGAUCAACAAGGCGUCCAGGGUGGCUGAGCUGCGCGAUCUCAUCAUUAACAACUACCAAGUGGCCAGGACCAAGCCCGAAACGGAUGCUCUCUGCCAGACGGAUCUGAUUGCCAUCAAGUUGUGGAAGUGGAACAGCAGCAUAACGCCCGACAUGGAGGAGUAUCUGACCGCCCAGGGCUACGAGGAUCUCAGGGGCACGGCCAAGCUGUACCAGCGGUACUAUCCCACUGUGCUGACCGCUAACUAUAAUGACACUUACUACCAGUUCCGCCAUACGGACACCCAGCGCACCACGGAAAGUUUCAAGGCUUUCGCCGAGGGUCUGUUUGGAUCCCAAAACGCUGCUCAUCCCGUCGAGAUUCCCAAGCAGGAUCUGCUGCUGCGUCCCUAUGACUAUUGCUCCUCUUUCAAGAAUGUGAACUACAAGGAUGAGGGCUCUGAGUACUACAAGUUUCAUCAGUCGAAGCUGUACAACGACACGUUGGCGGAUAUCUCCACUCGAUUGGGUUUCCUUUACACCCUGGAGGAGGCGGACAUCAAGCUAAUGUACGAUAUGUGUCGCUAUGAGCAGGCGUGGAAUGUGGACCGCAAUAGCGUCUGGUGCGGCGCCUUCUUGCCGGAGCAAAUAACGGUCUUUGAGUACCUGGAAGAUCUAAAGUACUACUAUGGCUCGGGCUAUGGUUUCCCGGAAAACGCACAUCUCAACUGCCGACUGGUGCAGGACCUGCUCACCCACCUGAGCAAUCCGGUGUCGCCGCAUGUGGUAGCUCAUUUCGGUCACUCGACUGGUCUCCUAACUCUCCUAACUGCGCUGGGAAUCCAGAAGGACGACAUCAAGUUGCGGGCAGACAAUUACGAUAGUUUGACGAGCCGCCGUUGGAAGAGCAGCCUGAUCGAUCCGUUUGCCGCCAAUUUCGUGGCGGUGAAAUACGACUGUCCGGCGGACUUGGAUCGCGAGAAGGUGGUCUUCUUCCUCAACCAGCAGGCCGUGCAGCUGGACUGGUGCAGCGUCGGUCUGUGCAAGUGGUCAGAUGUCCUCGAGAAGUACAAGACCAUUGCGGAUGCGGAUUGUGGAGAAUACUACUGCCGGACGGGAGGUGCUCCAUCGCUGGGAUCCGGAGUUGGCGGACUUCUGGCCACCACGCUCGCCGCCAUGCUGGUCUACUUAAUGCACUAACUUUCGAUUAGAUUAGUUUUUAAUUCGUAAUGUACAAAUUUCGUACCAAAUGGAGGGACGCCACGCGGCGGAUGUCAGUCAAGUAUUUUUCGAUUUAGAUUUUUUUACUUUUAAUCCAGCAACAGCACAAUUCUUCACACAGUCAAGAAGUCACACUACACACAAAAAACACACACAACCAGAUACUGAAAUGUUCAACUUAACGAUUUUUCUAAACGCUUAAUGAACGUUGAUGGCGCUCCAGUCAGAAUUAGCUUUAUAUUAACUGAAUAAAAUGAGUCUUUAAAAUGUGAAUGUGGUUUGAAUGUGAUCUAAUUUGGCGCCAAGGCAACUGCUGCAUGUAUAAUGUAUAUUUCAUGUAGAAUUUAUAUGACACAUACGCGAGCGCUAGAUGGCGCUUUCCAGCAGUACAGUGGGAUUGUAAAACACUAAAGUUAAUCAAUAAUGUGCUUGAAAUUUUAAUAAAAUGGUUC